CCGGAAGCACUGACCCGUAUUUGGGACCGCCCGCCAUCUUGAACAAGUGCGUAAAUAUCUUUUCCGUAAAUCAAAGACUAUUUUCAAGACUUGUCAACUCUCUAUUGCUCCUACAAGUACACCAAGCCUCAGAAAUGGCCGAAAGAAGCUGUGAGAUUCCUGUGGACGGACUGUCAACUGAACACCCGGGGAAUGAGACAAACGGCAGCGAGAAAUUAGACACGGAAAAGCAGCAGAACAAGGAAGGGGGCGUUCCAUGUGAGGAAACGUUCGAGGUACAAUCCAUCCAUCCAGACCAACAGAUGGCUAGCCACUCCGUAGAAAGCCCCAACCAGUGUGGAGAAUGCGGAUACAGGGCGUAUGACAGGUCGUACUUAACCAAGCAUAUGAGAAUCCAUACAAGAGAGAGACCUUAUAAGUGUGACCAGUGCGACUAUGCUGCUGCAUAUAAAAGCUUUUUCGACCGACACAUGGCUAAACACGCCAGAGAGGAAAACUACAUUUGUGGAGAGUGUGGAUACAGGACGGCUCACAGGUCUUCCUUUUUCCGACAUAUGAAUAUACAUUCAGGUGUAAAGCCCUUCAAGUGUGACCAGUGCGACUAUUCUUCUGUAAGGCAAUCAACUUUAGACCAACACAUGGUUUAUAGACAUUCAGGAGAAAAACCCUACAUGUGCGGGGAGUGCGGACACAGGGUGGCUUCAAGGAACAACCUAUCCCGACAUAUGAGGAUACAUUUAAGACCCUUUAGGUGUGACCAGUGUGACUAUUCAGUUGCAGACAAAGGCCGCUUAGACCGACACAUGCUUAAACACACUGGUGAGAAACUCUACACGUGUGUGGAGUGUGGAUACAAAACGGAUAAUAGGUCUCACUUUGCUCAACAUGUGGGAAAACAUGCAAGCGACGAACCCUACAAAUGUGACCAGUGCGACUUUUCUUCUGCAUGGGAAAAGAGUUUACACCAACACAUGAUCAGACACACAGGUGCUAAACCUCACUUGUGUGGGGAAUGUGGAUUUAGGACGGCUCACAAGUCCUACAUGUCCAAACAUAUGAGGACGCAUACAGGUGAGAAACCUUACAAGUGUGAUCAGUGUGACUAUUCUUCGACACAAAAAUGUGCUUUAGCCCGACACAUGCAUACGCACACUGGAGAAAAACCCUACAUGUGUGGGCAGUGUGGGUACAGGGUGGCUACGAAACAUCGCCUAUCUGAACAUAUCAGAACGCAUACUGGCGAGAAACCCUACAAAUGUGACCAGUGCGACUUUUCCUCAUCAUGGAGAAAAAGUUUGCAUCAACACAAGGCUAUGCAUGCUGGUGAUAAACCCUACGUGUGCGGGGAGUGCGGGUUCAGGACGACCAACAAAUCUAACCUUUCUCAACAUAUGAAAAGGCAUACGGGUGAGAAACCUUACAAGUGUGGCCAGUGUGACUAUUCUGCUGCACAUAAAUAUUCUUUAGAACUACACAUGGCUAAACACACCGACGACAAACCCUACGUGUGCUCGGAAUGCGGAUACAGGGCGGCUGUAAAGGCCUACCUGUGCAAACAUAUGAGAACCAAACAUAGAAACCAUAAAGGUGUAAAGCCGUAGCAGUAAGACUAUUCUUUUAUACGAAGAUACAGUUUGGACACAAGACCGCACACAACCCUUCCUUUGCAAGGAACAUAUCAUCAAGCCAGUCUUUUAUGAUACAUGGUCAAAACAUGUGUAAAAUCUACAUGUAUGAAAAGUCACUUAUCCGGACAUUGUCAUACAUGUUAAAGAUCCGUACAUCUGUGGAGUGCGGAAUUUAGCGUAGCAUAACUAGAAACUAUGAGAACUUCUCUGUCCGCCCACAGGAAGAAAAGGGGACAAAAUAGACAGUCCGUAAAAACGAAAGUCACAAAUUAAAAAAAUAGCCGGAGCUGAACAUCUGCUUUUGGAAUAUGAAAACGUCUAUUUGUGUCCAUCAAAGUUUACAUCUUUGACAUUAAUUUUUUUCUAUAGGAGUGAAGCUCUUUUGAACUUAACAGUUAUACCCAGAAGUGUACAUUCUGCCACCUUUAUCUCAGCAAUGAUUCUGGAUGCUCCUCAUAUAUGCAUGUCUAAUAUAAUAGUUGAAUAAUACUAACGUAACAACUGAUAGUUAAUGUUGAAACGAUGAUAUUGUAUUCCCCAAUCUGGUAAAAUGCUAUGUAUUAUAUAAUUAUGUUAUUGAUUAGAUUAGACAUUCUUUGUAACACAUUUUAGCUUACAACUAGUACUACCCAAACGACUUUAUAAUACAAUGCUGCCAUUGAUCUUAUUAGUAUCUUCUUGUUCUUAUACACCUCACCGCAUCUCAGUGUUAUUUCUUAUUACUUAGUAGUCUUAUUAGUAUGUUAUGCUUUGUUGAUAUUCGUUACAUCACAUGGAAACAUUUUAGAUUAUAGAGAUGGUAUUGGAGAUAUAGAGCUUAUUUUGGUUUGAUAUUUCUGUUGUUUCUGCGCAUCAGUUCAAUCAGUGUAUUAUAUGUCUUAAGAUCUGUUUUCUUAUUUCUUUAGUUACACUUUGACCUGCCCUUAUUUGAUAGAAACGUACAUAAAAUAGGCUCGUAUCAGUUUGGGACGUUUGUAUAUUAUGCGACGCUUGGGUCUUGAAAUAAAGCCACUUGAAAACACGGUUUG